GGCGGCUCCUGCCGGGCACCUGCUCCUCAGCGCCCGCCGCCCUGCGCUCACCGGCGCGUGCGCGGCUAGAGAUGCGCCGGCAGCCGGGGCCGCGUUAGUGGCGGCGGGGCGAGCAGCGGAUCCGGCCGCCGUUCUUCAGGUGACCAGAAUGCAUUCCCAGUGGGACUGGCUGUGGUUGGGUCUCCUGGUAAUUAGCUCAGUAACUGCAGAGAUUGAAGAUGGAGGAGUUCUGGGUGCAGAUGUUGAAGUGGAGGAUUUUGACGAAGAGUCUCAACAAGCUGAUGUCGACAAAGAAGAAUCUUCCUUAGGGGUUGUGUACCGGACUCCGAAGCCAACUGGAGAUGUUUAUUUUGCAGAAACCUUUGAUGGAGCAUUGACUGGCUGGGUGUUGUCUGAAGCCAAGAAAGAAGACACAGAUGACAACAUUGCUAAAUAUGAUGGAAGAUGGGAAGUAGAAGAGCUGAAAGAAAACACAGUACCUGGAGACAAAGGAUUAGUGCUAAAAUCGGCUGCAAAGCAUCACGCAAUAUCAGCUAUGCUAACAAAGACAUUUAUUUUUGAUAAAAAUCCAUUGAUUGUUCAAUACGAAGUGAAUUUUCAAGGCGGCAUUGACUGUGGUGGUGCGUAUAUUAAACUUCUCUCCAGUACGGAUGACUUGGAUCUGGAAUUCUUUUUUGACAAAACGCCUUAUACUAUUAUGUUUGGACCAGAUAAAUGUGGUGAAGAUUACAAACUACACUUUAUCAUCAGGCAUAAGAAUCCUAAAACUGGAGAAUAUGAUGAAAAACAUGCAAAACGUCCCGAUGUGGACCUAAAGAAGUUCUAUCUGGACAAGAAGACACACCUAUACACUCUUGUGCUGAAACCAGAUGAUACGUUUGAAAUGCUGAUCGACCAAUCAGUCAUCAGUAAGGGAAGUCUUCUGGAGGAUAUGAUUCCUCCAAUAAACCCUCCCAAAGAAAUAGAUGAUCCUGCUGAUAAGAAGCCUGAGGACUGGGAUGAGAGACAAAAAAUACCUGAUCCCAACGCUGUCAAACCAGAUGACUGGGAUGAAGAUGAGCCUUCUAAAAUAGAAGAUCUUGAUGCUGUUAAGCCCGAAGGAUGGCUUGAUUAUGAACCACAGUAUGUUCCGGACCCCAAUGCAAAAAAGCCGAAGGACUGGGAUGAAGAAAUGGAUGGGGAGUGGGAAGCUCCUCAGGUCCCCAAUCCAAAGUGUGCAACUGCACCUGGUUGUGGACUGUGGGUGCGUCCCAUGAAGAACAACCCCAAGUAUAAAGGAAAAUGGAAAGCACCUAUGAUAGUUAAUCCUAAUUAUCAGGGAAUCUGGAGUCCUCGGAAAAUACCUAACCCAGACUAUUUUGAAGAUCCUCACCCAUUUGAGAUGACACCUAUCAGUGCUAUUGGUUUAGAACUCUGGUCUAUGACAUCUGAUAUCUACUUUGAUAACUUCAUAAUAUGCUCAGAAAAAGAAGUCGCUGAUCGUUGGGCAGCAGACGGUUGGGGCUUGAAGAAAUUAGUAGCAAGUGCUAAUGAGCCUGGAAUGUUUAGUCAACUGGUGACUGCUGCAGAAGACCAUCCAUGGCUCUGGGUUCUCUAUAUCUUGACUUUAGCUCUGCCUGUUGGUCUAUGUGUGUUGUUCUGCUGGCCGGCAAAGAAAACAGAUGAAGAUUUCAACUUGAAAAAAACAGAUGUGUCUAUGCCAUUUACAAAGGGAGAAGUAAAACAAAGAAGAGAAGAGUUAGAAGAUGAUGAAAUAGAUUUAGAAGAAAAAGACAACGAAGAUAUUGGUGAAGAUGGUAAGAUGAUAGAUGAGAGUAAAUAUGGGGAAGAGGAAGAUAUUGAUGAUGAAGACAACGAAGAUGCAGAUGAAAGUCAAGAAGAAGGCGAUAAGUCAAAUAAAUCUGGCUCAGAAGAUGAGAUGACAGUAGCUGAUGAAACUGCAAGCUCUGGGGAUGGUCCACUGAAGUCAGUGCGCAAAAGAAGAGUACAAAAGGACUGAAUUCUUUGCAGCUAGUAUUUCUAGCUCUAAACAGUAGUAACUUAUGACAUGCCGCUGCAAGGGGCUUGACAGCGUGCAGGUUCCUGAGAUGUGAAGAGAAAAAUAGGACUGGUUGCUACUUAACCUCUCUUAAUUCCCAAACCUCUUUUAACCUUCCCAAGCUUCCUUGAUGCCCUUUUUUUCUGGGAGGAAAUACUAUCUGUGAGGAGUUACGUAAUGUUUCACAUUUAGAAUAAAAGUGAAAGUGCAAGUUGGCCAAUGGAUUUUUAAAAGCAGAUUCUUAAGAUUUGAAGAUUCUUAGAAAUCAAUAUUAGAGAUGAGAAAUUUUACUCUAGAUAUUUUUAAGAACAUGGAUAAAUAUUUUUGCAGCUCUAGCACAACGUUCAACGUUCAGACAUUUGAGCUCAAAGAGCUGCAGUACAGAUGAAGCAUUUACAGUUCAUGUUGAGAGAGAUGGUAUUUUUUCUGUGCAGAGCUAAAUGCAAUAAUUGGUUUUGUACGAUCAUUUAGUGCUAGCAACGUUCUUUUCCUUGUAAAUUAUUUAUUUUAGUUGAUGCUGUUACGGAGUUGUCACCUGUUCACUUUAAACAUUGGUUAUAGUCAUUUAUUUUUAAGAGAGAGUUGAAAACCGAAUACUCAGAGAACAAGUGGUUAAUUGAUGUGAUUUCUUUUGCUUUUCAAUGCAGGUAUCAAACCUACAGAAGUGAUGUAUGGAUUUUUUCAGUCUUUUAUAGCUCUCAUGUUUCAAGCCAGAACGGCAAAUAUUUUGUUUAUAGGACAUUUGCUGAGUGUACAUUGUGUAUUAAAAAUAUUGAAUAAUUCUUG